AGUACUAUUCCCACACUUAGAAUCUGCAGAUUUACUUAGCUUUUCAUUCGAUAUCACAACGACCCGCACAACAUGUCUCUCUGGAUCGACGCAGGAGCUACUCCACCAGCCCUGGACAAGAUCAAGCUUGCCGAGUACCUCAAAGGUGACCCAUCAAUUAUCAAUAAGCCAGACCCGGCGUCGGGCCUCACCCCAUUGGCAGCAGCUAUACGGAAGGGAAAUUCUUCCACUGUGAAGCUCCUGUUGGACAACGGCGCGAACCCAGACACGAAGACUCAAGAUGGAAGAACGCCAAUGUUCAUGGCCGCAAGCGCACCAAAGCAACGGGCCAGAAUGAUACAGCUUCUUCUUGCUAAGAACCCGAACAGUUUCGAUGAGGCGGGGCCUGCAUCUUUCGGGAACGAGACCCCAUUGAUGGUCGCUACCCGGAAAGGCGAUGCCGCGGCCAUCAAGCUGCUUGUGGAAGCAGGGGCUUCAAAAGAAAAGAAAAAUGCCAGUGGCCAAACUGCAAAGGAUAUAGCUGACAAGCUGCAGCCAUCGGACCUUGCCGUUAAGGAGGCCCUUGAUAUAAUCGCAACCAAGGGUAAAGGGGGGCUCAUAACCUACAUUAACGAGUGGGUACUGAAGGUUCUCGCCUACUACGAUAUUUGGAGUCCCCUUGCAGACAUCUUUGAUGCCUCAUCUGGGACUUAUUACAAAGUUCCAGGGUCUAACCCAGCACCAGGAGAGGAUAUCGCAGAACCUCAGACAGUGGAGGAUUUCAAAAAUAACCUAAAUAAUGCAGUCAAAAGGGGCGGCCUCGAAAAGUUCUUCUCUCCCAACGAUCCUUAUCUUACAGAUGUGGCUGAAAGGGCAUUCGAACUCAAGAACGAUCCGAAGAAUCCUCUGAACUCGCCUUCUCAGGUCGACGGUCUUGCCAAAUUAGCACUAUAUCAGCCAAUUCUAUAUUGCGACGAUAGCGGAUCAAUGUGGAGCGAAGAGAAUGGUAAAGGGAAGGGAGAUAGAUGGCGUGCUCAGGUCGAACUUGUCAAACGAAUUAGCAGCAUCGCUAGCCGGACAGACCCUCUUAACAGAGGUUGCCACCUUCGGUUUAUCAAUCAAGAAACACCUGAUGCUAAUGGUCUCAAUAAGGACCAAAUUGAACACAAACUCAAGGGCUUUUAUCCCGAGGGAUGGACACCUAUCGGUACAAAGUUGAGGGAGAACGUCCUUGACCCCCUUAUUUAUAAGGAUGUUGACGCGGGCAUCCCACUCAAGCGCCCCUUUCUAGUAUUAGUGACCACAGAUGGGUAUCCCACCAGAGAGAAAGCCGGCAAGGGUGGCUCCACUGGUAAGCUAGACGAGAACGAGAACGAAGACGCGGAUCGAUUCCGCAAGGAGAUCCACGAAUGCGCCAUGAGAUUUGAAAAUAGUAAGGAGAACUAUAGGAAAGACGUGGUCAGAUUCUCCAUUAGCCAAAUCGGCAAGAAUAUCAGCUAUGCCGAGGACGAGGAAAAGGUGAAGGCGUUCCUAGACGGCCUAGAGUAUGAUGCCGAUAUCCAGGACGUCCUCUAUCGAACAGCAGAACUUAUGGAUUCACGAUACGAAGAGCUCAGGGAGAAUGAGGAGGACUUGGAACGCUGGCUACUCAGUACCUUGCUGUCCCCUCUACAAUCGCUUUAUAACCAGUAG